AUGACGGAACUAAGCUUGCUUGGUCAACCGCUGGCACUGUUCGCAGGUGCAUGUUUUGAGUCUGCGGAGGAUAGGUCUGCCUGGGAAUAUUACGUGAGGAUGGUCUCAUCAAAUGUCCCCGCCCUAGAUGGCCCAGACAAUCCGUACAGACAACUCUCAAUACCAGCACUAUCAUCACCAAUUAUACUCGAGACUAUAGUUUGCAUAUCAACAGAGCACAUGCUCAACUUCGGCCUAGCAAGCAUCGACCUCGCAGCAAAGCGCCAGCAACGCAUGCUGCGAACUCUUGGCCAAAAGCUCCUCAGUAUCAAUGAUGAAGCAGAAAAUGACCCAGGCACAAUAGUGGCGAUCAAAAAGCCCGAACGAGAGGCACUUCUCAUAGCCGUCGUUUUACAAGGCAUUGUAGUCGCACAAACAGCAGAUGGCAUCCUAGAACCACACGUCAAAUGUGCAUCCUGGCUCAUGGAAGCACUGGGUUAUUUCGACUCCAUACCACAAAAUCCAAUCGCACGCAUGGCAGUCCAACGCUACGGCAUGGUCGACGUAAUGCUAGCCAUCUCUCGACAACGAAGACCAUACGCGCCCCAGCACUUCAUCUUAAGCCGACCUGACGAACACCACUGGGACACAACUGAGCCAUCAUUCCAUAACAUGACCGGAUGUCCCCAGCCUUUAAUGUGUUUCCUUGUCCGAAUCGCCCACUUGGCAUGCGACAUAACCGAGAACCCGCAUAACAGAGAACGUAUCCUCGUCGAAGCAUUCCAGCUAGACACCGAGCUUCGACAAUGGGGUUCUCAAUACACAGGAAUUCUACCGACGAAAGGCGAACGGAGCCUUCUUGACAUACUGACAGAAUGUUUCUACUGGACGGCGCACCUCCUGCUAUCCAGACGUGUAUUCCAGGACCAGACUUGCUCGCCGCGCGUGCAGUACCUGGUCCAUGUAUGCUUCGGGUUGAUGGAUCAUUUGUCGACGGGAUGUGGACCUGAUUCCUCUUUACCGCAGCCGUUCUAUCUUGCUGCGAGAGAGGCUAUCUCGGCCGAAGACCGUGUCUGGGUCCGAAGGAAGCACGAGUCUAUGACAGCUUAUUAUCGUGAACAGCAGAGGAAUGCGGCCAUGGAGCUUAUUGAGCAGAUUUGGGAGACGACGGAUGCGCUUAGGGAAUCGGAGAGCGGAUCCGCGGUGGAGGGGGGACUUUCUGUUGUUGAUGGGUUUGUGCUGGCGCUUGAUAGAGGGGCGAAUUUUUUUAUAUUUUGA